GAGUCUCUCACUGCGGAGUGUCUUCUCUACUUUUGAAGUGAGUGUAAGCUUUAACUCGGUAAAUCACCACUUAUACAGCCGGGCACAUUGCCUCUGAGACGCUCCGGCUCUCUGCAUGGAGACACGUUACUGCUGUUGCUGCAAAAUGAGGGUGCUGUGUUUGAACUUUGCCAUCACCUGUCUGUGGCUUCUCCCUUCAGCGGUCCAAGAAACAGCCAAGCCCUUGGACUUUCAGAGCCAACAAUGGAGAGAGGAUGAAGGAGGGACAGGAGACACUGUCGGAGCUUUGAAAGUUAAACAUAUCUUCAAAGACUUACAGAUCAUCUCCACAAAACAGAAAACACCUGCUUAUGGUUCUCUCGGCCCAUAUGGGUGGCCUCAGAACUUCUCCCAAGCCCUUGACCAGUAUCUGUACCGCCCUCCUCCUAAAUCCAAGCCUCCUGCGAAAACAUCCACAAAGGCGAAGAAGAUCCUGGGCUGGGGAGAUUUUUACUUCAAUGUGAAAACAUUAAAGUUCAGCCUCCUGGUGACGGGAAAAAUCGUGGACCACAUUAAUGGCACGUUCAGCGUUUACUUCCGCCACAACUCGUCUCGUCUGGGGAACAUAUCCGUCAGCAUCGUCCCACCCUCCAAAGCCGUAGGAUGGGAGGUUUUGGAUCCAGCAGCUCAGAGCGAUCAAACCAAAAACUCAGUCCUGGUUCCAGAUCUGACAACCCAGUUCCAGAGCCCACCUCAGUCCACCAGCUCCACUCCUCCAGACCAGCAGAAGCACCAGCAGGACAUGAUGAUGGUGACUGAACUCAACUGCCGGAUUGAAUACCAGAGAACGAACCGCUCCAAGAAGACCAAACCCUGCAUGUACGACCCGGGGCAGACCUGCUACUCAGAAAACACCCAGUCCCAGGCAGCCUGGAUCUGCGCCAAACCCUUUAAGGUUAUAUGCAUCUUCAUCGCCUUCACUGGCACCGAUUACAGGCUGGUGCAGAAAGUCUGUCCGGACCACAACUUUCAGACAGAGCAGAACCAGCAGCACUUCGGAUGA